AUGACGAAGAGUCAAAAGGAAAAUGAGAACUUCAAAGAUAAGACUGUGGAAAAGUUUGGGCAGAUCGAUGCCACAAUGAGGAAUCUCGAGACUCAAAUUGGACAGCUUGCCACGGCAUCACACACGAGGAUUCCUAACACUAUCCCGAGUAAUACUGUACCUAAUCCGAGAGGUAAUGAACAGUGCAAAGCAGUGGUUUUGAGAAGUGGUCGUGAGUUGGAUUCGACACCAUCAAUGGACGGCCAAGAAUCUGAGUUAAGCGAGAGGAUUUUGGCAGAAAAGAAGGGAAAGCAGAAAGUAGAGAUGGGAUCAAAGGGACAGCUGACGACAAGUCCGGCAUUAGACCCGAAAAGCAAGUUCAACUUCCCCGAUCACAUUCCUCCUCCACCAUAUCCACCGAAGAGGAAGAAAAGAGCUCCAAAGGAGAAAAGCUUCGAGUGGAUGAUGAACGUGAUUCGAAAAGUGAAUGUGGAUGUAUCGUUGGUGGACCUCUUCACUAAUUUCCCCAAGUUCUCCAAAUUUUUCAAGGAUAUGAUGGCAAAUAAGGAGAAAUUGCAAGAUGAGGGGAUAGUGGCUUUGAGCAUGAAUUGCUCACAACUGAUUUCGGGAAUGAUGCCAAUGAAGAAGAGGGAUCCGGAAAGUUGUGUGAUUCCUUGUGAGAUAGGCAACACAAUCUUCACAAAAUGUCUGUUGGAUCAAGGAUCGGGGAUCUCAUUGAUGGCGUUGAAAACAGCACGUGCCAUUGGACUGGAGAACAGAAUGGAGCCCAUCGACAUUGCUCUACAACUGGCUGAUCACUCCAUUGUGAAGCCCAAUGGAAUAGUAGAGGAUGUCUUGGUCAAGGUAGACAAGUUCGUCAUCCCCGUUGAUUUCAUAGUAUUGGAUAUGCCCGAGGACAAAGAGGUGCCAAUUCUGUUUGGCAGACCGUUUCUUGCCACGGGGGACGUGUUGCUUGGAGCAAAGGACAACUCAGUCACGUUUAGAAUUAAUGGUGAGCAAGUGACCAUUAAUGUGGAGAAAGCGAUGAAGCAUCCUAGUGAUGCAAAAGCGUGCUUUAGAGUUGACGUCCUCGACAAGUGUAUCUUUGAUAAGAUGCGUUGCUCGGCAAGUAUAGAAGGAAGCGUAUAUGAUAAGGGGAGCUUGGAAAGAGAUUUUGGUUCGACAAUUAAAUUUGAUUUUGAUUUUGAUGAAAGUGAGGAUGCUCAAAUGGAUCAACCAAAUCUCGAAAAUGAUUGUGUGGUGGAUACUUUCGUGGCGGAUGUGCAGCCUUCAAUUGAAGUACCACCAAAGCUAGAAUUGAAGCCACUCCCGACAAAUCUGAAAUACGCAUUCCUUGGUGAGGAUGAGUCUUUACCGGUUGUGAUAUCGGCGAUGUUGAAUGAUGAAGAAGAAUUGAAGUUGAUAGAGCUACUGAAGUCACACAAGAAAGCUCUAGGAUGGUCCAUUGCCGACAUCAAAGGGAUUAGCCCCGCUAUAUGCAUGCACAAAAUCUUGAUGGAAGAGGGAGCUAAGCCGGUAAGAGAAAGACAAAGAAGGUUGAACCCACUCAUGCAAGAAGUGGUUGAAAAAGAGGUGAAAAAAUUGUUGAAAUAUGGGAUGAUCUACCCCAUUUCUAAUAGUGAGUGGGAAGUUGAACACAGCGACGAGAAAAGAUCACUUUCCGUUGCCAUUUUAGAUCAGUUGCUCGACAGGAUUGCGAGUUAUUCCCACUAUUGCUUCUUAGACGGAUACUCGGGGUACAAUCAGAUUGCAAUUGCCCCGGAAGAUCAAGAAAAGACGACAUUCACAUGUCCUAUUGGAACUUAUGCCUUCCGCCGGAUGCCUUUUGACAUAAUGGAGAUCUUUAUGGAUGAUUUCUCCGUCUUUGGAUCCUCAUUUGACUUUUGCUUAGAAAACUUGAGACGGGUCCUACAAAGAUGUGAGGAGUCAAAUCUCGUGCUAAAUUGGGAAAAGUGUCAAUUCAUGGUCAAGGAGGGCAUAGUGUUGGGACACAAGGUGUCGGAGUUGGGGUUGGAGAUGGAUAAGGCGAAGAUUGAUAAGAAGCUAGUCGAAGCUCCUAUUAUUAUCACACCCGAUUGGUCAAAGCCAUUUGAGUUGAUGUGUGAUGCUUCGGACUAUGCUGUGGGGGCCGUUCUAGGCCAAAGGAGAGAUAAGGUCCUACACGCCGUCUACUAUGCUAGCAAACCUAGGAUGAAUGGAAUGGGUGCAUGA